AUGGAACUUGGAGCUUGCAGAAGAGGAGGUAAAUUUUCUUCAUAUGAGAGACUAGCUACCAUAGGUUUGGUAGUUCUAGCUGUUGCUUCUCCUCUUUACAUGGAUCGCAAGCCAGAGGAGAGUGACUUGGAAGAUGAUGAACAGACCAUAAACUCUGCUGUUUGGUUGCCUUUGCUGCUCUUUUUAUUGAUUUUAUGCAUAGCUUUAUCAGCUUUCUUGGACCGGAGCUUCACCGAGUUUGAUCGUCACUGGAUUCACAGAGUCAGUGGUUCUUCAUGUGUGGAAAUCGUCACUGUAAUGUUCUGUGAUGCUCGAACUUGUGUUGUGAGAUAUUGA